AUGAAGUUCUCAUCUGCUCUCCUUGUCGUCUUCUCUGGGCUGGCUGUAGCCUCCCCAUUGAUCAACACCCGAGAGAACACUGAAGAAGCAAAGGCAGCGACCAAGGCUCUGCAAGACUUUGUCGCAAAGAACAAAGUCGACACUGAGGAAAGCCUCAAGAACCAAGCGGAGCGCCAGGCUAAAUGGACGAGCAGGGUCACGGAGCAACAGGCCUUGAUCCAGCAAUUGGUGGACCUCAAUGCUGAGUCCGUCCAGGCUGCAGCUGAUGCGCCUGCCAGACUGGAGCAGCAGAAGGAAAAGCGUGAGGGAAACAACCAGGCUCUGGACGAUAUUGCCAACCGCCUCAAGGCGGCUUUGGAGUAA